UUAGGGUUUGAUUGUAUUUUACUUUUAUGAAUUAUCGAAUUUUAUUGAUUUUAAUCUUGUAGCUCCAAAUUUUAUUAUAUAAUAGUUUUUCCUCAUUGCUAUUUCCUUUUCCAUUGUUUAAAUUGGUAAUAUGUGAGUUCAAUUUGAUAUAUAUUCGGUUGGAUUACUGUAUAAUGUUAGGAUCUAGGUCUAGGUUCAUCACUAUCUAGCUCCUCAAAGUGUGAUGUGAAGCAAUGGCUUGUAAAUUGUAGUUUAUCAUCUGUUCAUAUUCUAUAGUUAUCGCUUGAGUUUCAGCUUAGUUGUUAUUGACUGAAUGAUUGAAAUAAUUAACUCUAUAAGCUGUUAUUUCGUAAAUGCUUGGUUGUUGUUUUCUGCAAGUUGAUCUAAUUGCUAAGGUCUUGGUCUUCGAGGCUGGUGCACAAUAAAAAAAAGGUACUAAACAAGUCUUUUCUGGUAAGAUACUGAGUUUGCCUGCGUGAUUGAUGUUAUUACUUUAGUUUGUGAUUUCUGGACUAACAUGGUCAAUAUCGAAAUAGACUAGUUUCAUGUAUGUGUUUAUUGCAGUGGUUUCAUUCUCAUGGGAGAUGUUGUAGAAAAUGGAAAAAGGUCCAAGUGAACUAAUCAAUUGGUCCGACUUAGAGUCUGGCCAUGUGACUUACUAGGUCUUUGAGUUAUGGUUUAUUGACUUUGCUCUUCAUGAUGCCUUCCUUUCAUCAUCCUCAACUUUAAGAGGGAUUAAAUUGAAAAUUUUAAGGAGAUAUUAUUCUCCAUGAGGCACUUUGCUUGAUGAUUCUACUUGUAUGAAGAACAUGGUUGUGGGAUCACCUUGCUACUGGAGAUCAUGGGGGUCGAGUGGUUUAAUUUGAAAGGACUGACACUUGAGAUCAUGUUGGACAUCGGAGAGAUCUAGAGAAGAUGGAUUAUCCAAUCAAUUGGCACCCGGAGUUUCAUUAUAAAACAGAGUUUCAGAGCCCUGAACCUGAGAGUUUGACCAUCUCAAAAGCUUGGAAAUUGAGGAGAAAAUUAACAAAAUUAGGUGGUGCCAGCCAGCUAAUGGUGCUCUGUUUCUUUUGUCUACAAAUGACAAAACAAUCAAGUUCUGGAAGUGAUGGUGAAACUUUUAUUUCGGCUGAUGACCCGCAAAUUAAUCUCUGGAACUUGGAAAUUAGUCACCAAAGUUUUAACAUUGUUGAUGUGAAGCCUGCAAACAUGGAGGAUUUGACUGGUGAGAAUCCUUUUGUAAAUGGCAAUUGUGGAUCUCUUUGGAAUUUUCAUUUAUUUUUAUCUUCUGUUGCUUAUGGGUUGAUUCUGGUGUAACCUUAGCUCUUAGCUUUACUUUCUGUGUUUUGGCUCUCUAUUUGCAAAUUUUUCUUC